GCUGACAUACCGAGUAAAAACAUUAGGGAAUUGUGAAAUGAAAUCGGGGUGAAGACAAACCAUUGCAAUCGUGUCAAGUGCGAUAUUUUCUUAGGGCUGAUAAAAGUUCGCAGCGCAGUAUACAAAAAAACCGCAUAUAUUCUACAUGCCAAUAAUCGAGCCCAACGACUGAGCCACGUCCUGCGUCACCGCGAGAAUUCCAAUCACAUCGAACGGACGGACAGCACCUGAAAGCACUCGACAUUCAUAUAUAUUCAACCACCAUGGACGCCCAUUCGCGUUUCGCACCGAGAUUACCAGGCGGUCAAAAUACUUAACUGAAAGCAUUACUUGUCCAGCCAUCAAUCCGAUCGUCGAUAACUCGGACGAGCCGCAGCCCAGUCUCUCCGAUCUGCACGACUUUGAGCCGAAGCUAGAGUUUGACGAUACCGAACUGUUGGCCCCAUCGCCCUUAGAAAAAGAUGUUAUGGUCGGCGAUUUUGUCCUGGCUGAUGAUCCAGAACUAGAGCCCGAAGAAGAUGUAAAUCCACUGGAGGACGACUUUGAGGACCAACUCAGGGAACAGUCGGAGAACUUUCAGGCGCCCAGAAACAAAUGCGAUUUCCUGGGCACCGACAAGCAAGGUCGUCACAUUUUCGGCAUUUAUGCAUCUCGCUUUCCCGAGAAGUCCCAGCUCGAAGGAUUCGUGCGUGACAUCAUCAAAGACAUUGAACCCUUUGUGGAGAACGACUAUAUUUUGGUGUAUUUCCAUCAAGGCCUCAAGGAGGACAACAAGCCAUCCACGCAGCUGCUGUGGAACUCGUACAAGGAGCUCGAUCGCAACUUCCGCAAGAAUUUAAAGACGCUGUAUGUGGUGCAUCCGACGUGGAUCAUUCGGGUCAUCUGGAACUGCUUCAGCCCCUUCAUCAGCGACAAGUUCCGCAAGAAGCUAGUCUACAUCUCUAGCCUGGACGAGCUGCGCCAGGCGCUCGGCCUGAACAAGCUGAAGCUGCCGGACAACAUUUGCGACCUGGACGACAAGCUGAACCCCAGCCGGAAGCCAUCGACGCCGCCACCCAGCAGCAGCAGCAGCAGCAGCAUAAAUGCAUCCCGGCAGCAGCAGCACAAAAUGGCGACGACGCAUCAAUUCGGUGUGCCCCUGAAGUUCAUUGUGGUCAAUAGCCCCUGCCUGAACUCCAUUCCGCCCAUUGUGCGCAAGUGCGUCGAUUCGCUGUCCAUUACGGGCGUCAUCGAUACGGAGGGAAUUUUCCGGCGAUCCGGGAACCAUUCGGAGAUUAUGGCGCUCAAGGAGCGCGUCAAUCGCGGCGAGGAUGUGGAUCUUAAGAGCGUCAAUGUGCACGUAAUAGCCGGCCUGCUGAAGAGUUUCCUGCGCGAUCUCGCCGAGCCGCUGCUCACCUUCGAGCUGUACGAGGAUGUCACUCGAUUCCUGGACUGGCCCAAGGAGGAGCGUUCGCGGAAUGUGACCCAACUGAUACGCGAAAAACUGCCAGAGGAGAACUACGAGCUGUUCAAGUACAUUGUUGAGUUCCUGGUCAGGGUAAUGGACUGCGAGGACCUGAACAAGAUGACCUCCUCCAACCUGGCCAUUGUGUUCGGUCCCAAUUUCCUGUGGUCGCGCAGCACCAGCACCUCCCUGGAGGAGAUUGCACCGAUCAACGCAUUCGUCGACUUUGUGCUGCAGAACCACAAGGACAUCUACUUGAUCGACGUCAAUCAGCGCACUGUGUCCGUCGAUUAACGACUGGCCAACCACCCUCACAAACAAGUCCGUAAUUGUAAAUUGUUUGAUUUUAAUGUUAGUCCUAAGUGAACCGAUGGUUAGCUAAAAAGAGAAAAAACACAAAAGGCAGCGGUGUAUAAAGUGUGUACUGUGUAAUCCUAAGUUGAAUUUUAAACUGUGUGUAUGAGUGGAACUGCUUGUAGCCCCAACUCCACGCCAACUCCUCCGCCACCCGCAACCCAAAUCACAAUUAUUAAGCGCUUAGUACGAUUUACGAUUCAUUUACCAAAGAAAUUUGCUUGUGUUCGUUUGGCGAACAGGAGAGAAAUUCGAUACGAGAUGUUAUUAUUAUACUAUGUAUUAAUUGAACGCAAACGCACAUUCCCCCAUGACCGCAAACGAAUCUUGGUUGCGCUGCUGAAUCUUGGCACCCGCCACGCAGAAGUGGAGUUGUGGCCAACUCUAAAAUCGUAAUGUGUAGAAUUUUGAAUUUCCUUAUAGUCAUACAAACAAUUUUUAUAAAAUAAAGGUAUUGUUAAAAAUAAAGCAAAUGUUAAAACCACUA